AUGAUAUCCUUGAGUAAGGAGGAACUUGUAUCCUUAACAGACGACUUUGACGAGGAGAAAGAAGAAGCUGAGCCUCAACAAGUGUCAGAAUCACUAAAUAGUGCAGGUCCACCACAAAACAAUGUUAACGGAUGGAAGAAGAAAUGGACUGAGUGGCAAAACGAAGUGAAAAGAAAGAUGGCGCAAAAUAAAGCUGAAUCUAGGGCAACUGGCGGUGGACCGUACGCAAAACAUCAGUUGACACCUAAUGAAGAGGUUAUAGUGCGUUUAUGUGGCAUUGCGCAGUCAGUAGAAGGUGUGUCCGGCAUUGCACUUGGUCUCACGGAAGAUGUUGAUGUUUCAGUUGAGGAAGAAAUGCCCUCAACAUCUUCAAAGCGCCCAUUGGUUGCAGUUAAAGACGAAAUGCCAUCAACAUCUUCAAAACGCCCAUUGAUUUCAGAUAUGACCAAAGUGAAAUCAAUUUGGAGUUAA